GAAGCAUAGAUUAAUAAGCAGAUGUUAAAUAUACCACAGAUUUACACGAUUUGAACGAUAUGGAAAACAGUGACUUUUAUUUGGUUUAUAAUGGACUUUUUCUUCCCAAAAGUCUUCACACGGAGGACAGCCUGAAGUAUUUUGAGUCGUUCCAAGUUCAAGAUGAUGAUGUGAUCUUAAUUACAUAUCCUAAAUCUGGAACAACUUGGAUGCAAGAAAUUCUUCCCUCACUUUUAAACGGAGGAGAUCCUACUCCAGUCCUUACCAUCCCAAACUGGCUCAGGGUUCCAUGGCUGGAAGAGGUAUCUAUUGCUGAAGUCGUAGACAGGCUGACUGCUCCACGUGCCUUCACCUCUCAUAUGCCUUAUCAUCUGAUGCCUUCAUCCUUCUUCUCUUCAAAGGCUAAGGUCAUUUAUAUCACUAGAAACCCAAAGGAUGUUGUGGUUUCCAAUUAUUAUUUCAACCAAAUGGGCAGUUUUCUGCUCGACCCAGGAACCUUUGAAGAAUUUACUGACAACUUCCUAACAGGGAAUGUGAUCUUUGGAAAGUGGACUGAUCACGUGAAGAGCUGGAAAAACCCUGAUUUAGGAGACCGAAUUCUCUACAUCACAUAUGAAGAGAUGAUUCAGGAUGUGUGUGGAGUUAUCAAACGUGUUUUAAGCUUUCUCGGUCGGCAGUUAAGUGAAGACGCUUUGAAACGUGUAAUUGAACAGUGUGCCUUCAAAAACAUGAAGCAAAACAAUAUGUCUAAUUACUCACUAGUACCACAAGAACAUUUGGACCAGAGCAAGGUCUCAUUUCUGAGAAAAGGGGUUGUUGGAGACUGGAAGAAUCACUUCAGCUCGGAGUUGGAGGCCAAAUUUAAUGCAGUAAUUAGUGAAGAAAUGAAGGGUACUGACAUUGGAUGCUUGUUGGAUGAGGAAGACAACUGAAAUCAAACAUACUAAGAAGUAAAGUGAAGAUGUGAAGUGAAUCUAAUAAUAAUAAAAGUGAAAACAUUAAAAUAGUAAAUGAGUAUUUGUCAUUUACCU